UCAUCAGGGCUCAUUGCACUUCACGUGAUAACUGUUUGAUGGCCGAAGUUCGCGUCGUUAAUUGCUGCGACCUCAUCAUGUGCGUUGGAUGUUAGUGUGAUGAUUGCCUGACCAUCUGAUCCACCGAUGAACUAAUUCACUCAUAAGUCCCCAUCCGGCUGCGUAGCACACAGGGGACAUCGUCGUUAGCUGCUGUCGAACUGACGUGAUCGACCUCAGAAAUUGCAACCUCAGCAAUAUGCUGAUAAUAUUCAUUUCCCUGGGCUACAGUGGUCCAACCGACGAUGUUUGACACUCCAGUUGAACAUGAUGCACACGAAAGUAGACUCCGUUUAAUUAUUUACUUGGCGGCUGCGUGCGUCAUGAGGCCAUAAAGAAGGAAAACGUGACAACUGUAUUCGGAGUGAGGAGUUACUUUUAUUAAUGUGGUACAAUGUCUGGCGGGGAAUGUAUAUGUCAAUGUGUUUUGAAUGAAUUAAACGAAUCAGGCAGCACAAACACAUCUUUUUUUUCCUUUUUGAUAUUUAAGAACUCCAAAGUCACUCCUCUGAAGGGUCCCACACGUAAAAAUGUCUAGUACCCCUAUUUUCCUUCUAGGGACACGCUCCAGCGUUCAAACGAUUCCGGGUCUACUUGGAAAUGCAUGCUUUAGAACUGUGUGCGGUAAUGGGUUAAUGACGUUAUUGGUUCUGGUACUACCUGUAUCGUUCUCGCAGGCAUUAUGCGUGGCAUUCACGAGUGACGUUGAAGUAGUUCUGGGGGUUACCGUGUUCAUGGGAUAGCGUGCGGUUUGGAGGUCAAUUUCAGGGACACUUUGGCUCUCCUUGUUUUGCUUCGCAACCUACGGGAACCUUCAUAGAGCCUCUUGCAUGCUCGUAAAAUAUGACGUUCAAGGAGAAGGAGACCUUUCUGACAACACGCUUACUAAAAACAGUUUAGUUGGCGAGUUUGGUUGAUCCCAAACUGUCCGUUGACAGGGUCCUGGCGUUCAAACAUUAAAUGCUCCCUCCUACAGCCACUGUCUUUUUUUUCUUACAAACACGCUGCUUCCUUUGCGAUGACAGAAGCCGCAAAACUCCCCUGCCCAGUUUCCGGCCGCCAGACUUCUUUAUCGUGCUUUCGGGAGGUGGGAGUUGGGGCAGGGGCCGCGCCCGCCGCACGGAAACUGUUGACGCACAAACGUUGUCUCCUCAGUCAGUGAUCCAGGGUGUUCUUCCUCCGCUCUCGGGCUCCUGCUACACUGAAGUUGGCGGGUGCUAAAGCCGCCUUCUCUGCGGGAUUGUUUACGCGCUGGUGGUCGUUUAUUCUAUUCACGUUUUGGUCGAUGCCUAAAGCAAGUGGGCUAGCUAGUUGGGGGUGGGGGAGGGCUGGCUGGUGUUUAUUGAGUUACGUGACACUCCAACGCCGACAAUGUCUACCGCAGUAUUCUCUCAGGGAUUGACACUACCGCCGCCGUUGCCUAGCUAGAAAGGAGUGCCUUGCUUCACUGCCAGUAAGACCGCUGCUCACCGACUGUGUUUGGAUUUGGUAAUGAGUGUUUAUUUCCGGAAAGUUUGGCUUGACAAAGGUGGAAUUGUCACCGUCCGAAGUCACUCAAUUGUACGCAGCCUUUUCUUCUUCUCCUUCCUGAGAGAGCCAUUGCAGACAGUCACGCAGCGAUUAGUUCUAUAUGCAAUCCUCCUUCUGACCCAUUUUUGCUGUUGGUUAAAAUAUUUUUUCUGGUGUGUGCUGUGGACCGGGGGGUAUGGUGGUAAACCUAAGUGCAGGUCCGGACGCGCCGUCCAACUGCGCCCUCUCCCAUCUCCGAUCUUCUUGACUAUGGCUUGACACUGUGCCCAGGUGGGCAGGAGAGAGUGCGGUAGAUGCUGUGCAUGUCUACUUUCACGAUGAACUAAUCAACGCGCAAUCCGUCGUGACUGCUUCGCCCUGCUAUGGAGCACACGGCAGUCGAGCCCUCAAGACUAUUUGCAGAAGAAAACGAAGAAGAAGAAGAAGAAGAAGAAGAAGAAGAAGAACACGAAUAAAGACAAGGGGGACUGAGAUCACCAUUUCUGGCUUAUUUGUCACCGCGAGCCAGUCUUUUUCAAACCCGGCCUUGCAGAACUUGAGUGAUGAUGAUGAUGAUGAUGAUGAUGAUGAUGAUGAUGAUGAUGAUGAUGAUGAUGAUGAUGAUGAUGAUGAUGAUGAUG